AUGCUGAAUGUGAACUCAAAAAGACGCAUGACAUUGUUCAGUAGUAGAUAAUCAAUUGUACAUGGUACUGGAUAAAAUGUGUUGCUCUGGGAUCAAAUGUUUGGAAAUUUCUAAAGCACCUUAAAAUAGAAAAAUCAGAUAAAUAAAUCUCAAAAAAAUGGGAAUGAUCCCAUCUUCUAUUCAUCCCCAUUGAACUAACCAAAUCCCAUUUAAUUCAAUGAGAAACUUAGAUAAGGGUUUCGUUAAUAUUUGAAUGGAGAGCUUUCUGCUUUGAAUUUAGUGAAUGAAUGCAAUCAUUUGAACAGGAAGGAAACCAAACUCAAAAAUAGAUUUAAACUUGUAAAACGAGCUAACAUGUUUGCCAAUCAAUUACAAGUAACAAACAAAUACAGAUCUCUACAUCAAUAAGGGUUGACUGAUUAAGAGAUCGAAAAGAAAGUCAAAGUUUUAUAAAGAUUCGAAAAAAUAAAGAAAUUAAUUCAAAAAAAUCAAGAAACUAAACUCAUUGAAGAUACUAAUCUCAAAGAUGUGUAACUUUUUAGACAACUCUAUGAGGUUAGUGAAAACAAUAAAUCUAAGUUUAAGUAAAAGGAUCUGAUAACAGAGAGGACAGAUGGACAACGAGAAUACGAAAAUGUUAAUUAUUUCACUCAUAGGUAUCUCAGAGUUAAGCGGGAUGAUGAGUAAUUAAAAAAAAAUAAAGAAUCCAAAAAUGAUUAAGAUUUUUUUAAUAAAUAAAAAGUCAGGGAUAUAAUAGAUCAAAAAUUAAGGGGAUUUAUAGACGAAAGGGAAUAAUAGGAAUAAAAGCUAUUGAGUAAGGCUAAGAGGAGAAUGCUAAUGAAAAAUACAUAAUUCAAAGAAUACGAACAAGAGAAAUAUGUUUUGAAUGAUCCAUUAAACAAAGAUGUCAAGCUUUAUGCGUAUUUAUUUGUUAAACCAAAAGAAAAAAUGUAAUUUAAUGAAAUCAAUUAAAAAACAUUGCCUCUCACUAAAAGAGUCAAAGAAUCCAAACAUUAUUUCAAAAACUUUAAAAAGUAAUUAACCUCUCGUUCAGCAAGUAUGACAAAUGAUUCUUCCCUAAAUUCAAUUCUGGAAAUAAAUAUUGAUAAUUUGUAUAAAGCAAGUGAUCAAAUAUAAUCUUAGAUUCUAUCAAACGAUUAAGAAAAAAUUUGUAAAAAGAAUCAAGUAAUUAUAGAAAGUACAAUAACUUAAUUAAGAAAUUCUAAAGAUGAAUCAAAUAAAACUUUCUUCUGA